AACUGAUUCCUCUUUCCUAUUUUACAGAAUAUUGGAAAAAAAUUUUUAAUGUCCGCCCGACAGGCUUCAGCUGGCAUCGCCGAAAAUCGAACGGGCAUUGGUUCACGCACCGUGACGAGGAACCUCAGCUCUUCGGGGGAGAGAAACGAGAACGCAAUGAUGAGCGAUGAGAUUCGGUCUGAGGUGCGACGUAUCGUGCCAACUUUGACAGAUGACAGAUUCAAGGGACAGUCAGGCAAGGUUGCUGUUUUGGGUGGAUGCUUCGAAUACACCGGUGCACCGUACUUCGCUGCGUUGGCUGCGCUGGCGGUUGGGGCCGACCUAUCCCACGUCUUCUGUUCCACAAGUGCUGCCCCUAUUAUCAAGCAGUAUAGCCCCGACCUCCUUGUGCAUCCUUACUUUCUUCAACGCUCGGAUUUGCUGCAGCACGUGGAGAGCUGGUUCAAUCGGCUGGAUUGCCUCGUCGUGGGUCCAGGGCUGGGACGUGAUCCGCUGCUUCUCGACAUUGCACGUUCGGUCAUCCUGCGUGCCAAGGCUGCUAAAAUGCCGCUGGUAUUGGAUGGCGAUGGGUUGUUCCUGGUGGCUCGGGAGCCAGAGCUAGUUGCUGGUUAUACCAACUGCGUUUUGACCCCGAAUCUGAAUGAGUUCCGGCGACUGGCAUCUACUAUGGGUGUAAGCCUGCACGGCCCUAACAACGAUCGCUCAUCGAAGCUGUUGGAGGUCACAGCGCACCUGCGGGGCCCCACGUUGGUGUCCAAGGGUCCGGUGGACGCAAUCUGCGACGGCAAAGUCACAAUGAUCUGCAACGCGAGUGGAGGAGCCAAGCGCUGUGGCAGCCAGGGUGACAUCCUUGCAGGAACCAUUGCAACGUUCAUCUCGUGGACGCUGGCGUUUUUGGACAGUGCUCGGCAGUCUGCCGAGGUGGAGGUGGUGAUCCUACCGGAAAUCAACCCUAUGGUCCUCGCCUCGUAUGGUGCUUGCCUGGUAACGCGGACAGCGGCAGCAUAUGCCUUUGCUGCCCGCAAACGGGCUAUGGUGGCAUCCGACAUGCUCGGGCAGCUGGGAUCUGCAAUGGAGAUGCUCUUCGAUACAGCUGGAGGCACGGCGACGGCUGGGACUGUGGGACCUGGGCUGCAAGGACAAGGGCUGCUGCAGGCGCACAUAUCUGCAAACACACCCAGCAUUGGUGUUGGGGUAUCCAGUGGUGGUUCUUGAGUGGCCAUGGUGGCUUGGCAUUGAAACACCUUGCAUUGAAUCGUUUAAAUAGUAAUGUAGCCGUAGCCUUUAUGCUCAGGCCGAAAAGACUGAUUGGGUAUGGGUUUUGGGUUAUGGGUUUUGGGCGGGGGCCCAGCGUGAAGCGCCCAGGGGGCCCCGCCCUGUAGGAUUGCCCAUGUCCGUGUGGCCGCGUGACCGUGUGGCCGUGCGGCCGUGUGGCCGUGUGUAACGGACCAAACAUAAUAUCUCGGCCGGCUGAACUGGUAGUAUAUUGCAUUUUCUAUUGCAUGGUAUCUCGCCUGUAGCCAAAUUAAAUCCGUGUCCGGGUUCAAAUCCGCCUGCCGACCCGAGGUUUAGGACGUGAUUAUAUCAACAGCUGACCAGCAACUAAGUUGAGGCGCCGUUGAUCCGCUAGGUUCGGUUGAAUGCUGGCGGUGAGUUGCUGAACCCAACGAAUACAUUCUGAAGUUGGAUGGGGAGAAUGGAUUAGGGUGCCCCUCUCGCAGGGGAGAGCAGGGAACUGCCUGCGGAAAGGGGGCCGCUGGUGAAGCUAUACCACCCUGUAAAACAUAUGUCUUUG